AUGAACCAAAGGCUGCCCCUCAUAUUCAGCAGACACCAUCCACAGUUCCAGACCUCACGGUCCCCUCUAGGUGUCAUCGUGUCAGGGGUCACCCCGCUCAAGUAUAAAAUCUCUGUGGACCCCCUCCCCAAGUAUAAAAUCUCUGUGGACCCUCUCCCCAAGUAUAAAAUCUCUGUGGACCCCCUCCCCAAGUAUAAAAUCUCUGUGGACCCCCUCCCCAAGUAUAAAAUCUCUGUGGACCCUCUCCCCAAGUAUAAAAUCUCUGUGGACCCCCUCGCCAAGUAUAAAAUCUCUGUGGACCCUCUCCCCAAGUAUAAAAUCUCUGUGGACCCUCUCCCCGAGUAUAAAAUAUCUGUGGACACCCUCCCCAAGUAUAAAAUCUCUUAUAAAAUCUCUGUGGACCCUCUCCCCAAGUAUAAAAUCUCUGUGGACCCUCUCCCCAAAUAUAAAAUCUCUGUGGACCCCCUCCCCAAGUAUAAAAUCUCUGUGGACCCCCUCGCCAAGUAUAAAAUCUCUGUGGACCCCCUCCCCAAGUAUAAAAUCUCUGUGGACCCCCUCCCCAAGUAUAAAAUCUCUGUGGACCCUCUCCCCAAGUAUAAAAUCUCUGUGGACCCCCACCCCAAGUAUAAAAUCUUUGUGGACCCUCUCCCCAAGUAUAAAAUAUCUGUGGACCCCCUCCCCAAGUAUAAAAUCUCUGUGGACCCUCUCCCCAAGUAUAAAAUCUCUGUGGACCCCCUCCCCAAGUAUAAAAUCUCUGUGGACCCCCUCCCCAAGUAUAAAAUCUCUGUGGACCCUCUCCCCAAGUAUAAAAUCUCUGUGGACCCCCUCGCCAAGUAUAAAAUCUCUGUGGACCCUCUCCCCAAGUAUAAAAUCUCUGUGGACCCCCUCCCCAAGUAUAAAAUCUCUGUGGACCCCCUCGCCAAGUAUAAAAUCUCUGUGGACCCUCUCCCCAAGUAUAAAAUCUCUGUGGACCCCCUCCCCAAGUAUAAAAUCUCUGUGGACCCCCUCCCCAAGUAUAAAAUCUCUGUGGACCCCCUCCCCAAGUAUAAAAUCUCUGUGGACCCUCUCCCCAAGUAUAAAAUCUCUGUGGACCCCCUCGCCAAGUAUAAAAUCUCUGUGGACCCCCUCCCCAAGUAUAAAAUCUCUGUGGACCCCCUCCCCAAGUAUAAAAUCUCUGUGGACCACCUCCCCAAGUAUAAAAUCUCUGUGGACCCCCUCCCCAAGUAUAAAAUCUCUGUGGACCCCCUCGCCAAGUAUAAAAUCUCUGUGGACCCCCUCCCCAAGUAUAAAAUCUCUGUGGACCCCCUCCCCAAGUAUAAAAUCUCUGUGGACCCUCUCCCCAAGUAUAAAAUCUCUGUGGACCCCCACCCCAAGUAUAAAAUCUUUGUGGACCCUCUCCCCAAGUAUAAAAUAUCUGUGGACCCCCUCCCCAAGUAUAAAAUCUCUGUGGACCCUCUCCCCAAGUAUAAAAUCUCUGUGGACCCCCUCCCCAAGUAUAAAAUCUCUGUGGACCCCCUCCCCAAGUAUAAAAUCUCUGUGGACCCUCUCCCCAAGUAUAAAAUCUCUGUGGACCCCCUCCCCAAGUAUAAAAUCUCUGUGGACCCUCUCCCCAAGUAUAAAAUCUCUGUGGACCCCCUCCCCAAGUAUAAAAUCUCUGUGGACCCCCUCCCCAAGUAUAAAAUCUCUGUGGACCACCUCCCCAAGUAUAAAAUCUCUGUGGACCCCCUCCCCAAGUAUAAAAUCUCUGUGGACCCCCUCCCCAAGUAUAAAAUCUCUGUGGACCCCCUCCCCAAGUAUAAAAUCUCUAUGGACCCCCUCCCCAAGUAUAAAAUCUUUGUGGACCCUCUCCCCAAGUAUAAAAUAUCUGUGGACCCCCUCCCCAAGUAUAAAAUCUCUGUGGACCCCCUCCCCAAGUAUAAAAUCUCUAUGGACCCCCUCCCCAAGUAUAAAAUCUCUGUGGACCCCCUCCCCAAGUAUAAAAUCUCUGUGGACCCCCUCGCCAAGUAUAAAAUCUCUGUGGACCCUCUCCCCAAGUAUAAAAUCUCUGUGGACCCCCUGGGCUUGAGGGUCCGAGACCCUUUGACACAACCAGUCCACCCCUAG